AUGGUCAAAGAUAUUAAAGUUAUGGUCGUUGGAGACAUGAGUGUUGGUAAAACAUGUCUUUUAAUUUCAUAUACAACCAAUUCAUUCCCAGGAGAAUAUGUUCCAACUGUUUUUGAUAAUUAUAACGCAAACGCAAUUGUAAAUAAUCAACCAAUUAAUUUAGGUUUAUGGGAUACUGCUGGUAGUGAAGAAUAUAAUACGUUUAGACCACUUAGUUAUCCAGGUACCGAUGUUUUUAUUAUUUGUUUUUCAUUAAUUUCAACACAAAGUUUCGAAAAUGUCAUUAAAAAAUGGCACCCAGAAAUUCAACAAACUAUGGAAGUUAUUCCACCAAUCAUUUUAGUUGGUACCAAAUUAGAUCUCCGUGGAAAACAUAAAAGUGAAGGUGAAAUCACACCAGAAAUGGGUGAACAAAUGAGAGUUGCUAUUAGUGCUUAUAAAUAUACUGAAUGCUCUGCUUUAACCCAAGAUGGUUUAACUACAGUUUUCGAAGAAGCAGGUAGAGUUGUCCUCUUCCCACCAUCAAAGGAAGAGUUAGCCAAAUCUAAAAAAGAAGCUAAAGAUGCCAAAGAUCCAAAGAAUUGUAUAAUACAAUAA